AUUUCAAAUUCCAUAAAACUUUUGCAUUUCUCUAAAUUAUAAAUAAUUUCACAUCAUCAAAUUAGACGCUGCAGAGAAUUUCUCUGUUCAUCAAUGGCGAAAGAAGCCGGCUCGUCUUCUUCCAACCCACUGCCACUCAUACUCGAAGAAGAAGUUGAGGAAGAACUCUUAUACGGCGCCGAAUCGGGAUGGGUCGAAGCUCUAACUUCUUGCGAUCAUCUCGCUUUGCUAUCUCCCGACCUCGCUCACAUUCCGCCCCCCGAUAUUCCAUGCAGCGAAUGUCAGAAUCCCAAGGAGAACUGGUUGUGCUUAUCCUGUAAGGAUGUCUUUUGUAGUCGUUUUGUGAAUAAGCACAUGCUUCAACAUUAUGAGCAAGUAACUCAUUGCCUUGCACUCAGCUACAGUGAUUUGUCAGUUUGGUGUUUCUCCUGCGACGCAUAUUUAGAUGCACAAGUGAUUCAGGAAUUACGACCAGUACACGAAGUUGCCUACAUACUGAAAUUUGGUGAGGCCCCGCCAUUUCGGUAGUAUUAAUCAUCCUGCUGGGGGAACUGAAAUAUCAGAUUAUUAGUGUUAUAACUUUUAUAGUCUCGACAUAUUAGAUAUCUUGGUGUCUUGGUUCGCAGAAGUGAGCAAAUGUGUUCAUUGUAAGUUGUUGGCUGUUUACUUUACAGUAGCGAGGGAUAGUUUAGAAUCUCCCAUCUUGUUAAAAGAUUAUAGGAAGCUUUUACUUGAAGCUGACGAAUCUUCUUAUUACAAACCUUGAUUUACAUUAAUGAAAUUGGUUCCCCAUUUUUGUCA